CAAUCCCACCUUGUCACAGCGAUUUAGGGUCAAUCUCUCACACAGGAAGGUGCUCUCGCGGAGGACCCCCCCGCCACCUCUGGAUCCCCCUCUAUCAGUAUCUCCCUCCCACUCUAUCUUGGUGUUUUAUGUCUGCGUCACAACAAGUCGGUAGAGAGCGAGAGGCAGGGAUGAUGGCGUCUCUGGCGGCUUGAUUCCGGUGCUGCUCUGACAAACCCGCCUUAAUAGCAUCAGUAGGUGGUGACGGAGAGGGGGGGUUGAGAGCAAAAGCGACGGGAACAUGACGAAACGGCACCGCGGAGGACGGACAAACUAGACUGAGAGACGGACGGACAGUCAGUCCCCCCUCCUCCUCCUCCUCUCCCUCCUCGCUGACGGCUUGACUGACACACACAGGCGCUUGGCACAGACAGGGACAUACAUGCACAUCAUCCACUUUUUGCAAACACGCAGGCUGCGCAUCCGAGCUGGCAGUAAUUGGGCAGCGGAGACCCACAGCAGAUGAGGGCAUUUCAUGUCCAGCCUGUCCAGGAAUCACUGUGACCCCGACGGAAAGGAGUUCGACUUGACAGGAUGGGGGGAGUAAGUGAAGGAGAUGAUGUGUUGGCUCGAUGGAGUGAUGGACUACUGUACCUCGGCAAUGUGAAAAGAGUAGAUGGAGUGAAGCAGUGUUGUCUGGUGAGAUUUGAGGACAACUCUGAGUUCUGGGUACUGAGAAAGGACAUUCACUCGUUUGCUGCUGGAGUGGAAGAAGUUUGCUGUAUUUGUGACGCUCCGCCUCUUAAAGAACCCCUCAUAAAUUGUCUUAAAUGUCGCCACGGUUAUCAUCCAGAGUGUCACACGCCAACCAUCGAACCGGAAGCUGACAGCGAUUCGUGGAUAUGUCGGCAAUGUGUCUUUGCAGUCGCAACCAAGAGAGGGGGGGCCCUCAAACGGGGGCGCUUUGCCCGGCUCAUGCAGUUUAUGAAACUUCGGCUACCCUAUCAGCUGUCAUCCCUGGACUGGGACCCACAGCACCUGACCAAUCAGCAGCAGUGUUACUGCUACUGUGCCGGACCUGGAGAGUGGAACCUGAAGAUGUUACAGUGUGGCAGCUGUGGUCAGUGGUUCCACGAGGCCUGCACGCAGUGUCUAACCAAGCCUUUGCUGUAUGGGGACAGGUUUUAUCAGUUCCAGUGCUCUGUAUGUACAAAGGGACCAGAGACAAUCCAAAGACUCCCCAUGACUUGGGUGGAUUUGGCUCAUUUAGUACUCUACCAUCUCUCGCUGUGCUGCAAGAGGAAAUACUUUGAUUUUGACCAUGAAAUCCUGUCCUUCACCAAUGAGAAUUGGGACUCGUUGCUGCUAGGCGCGCUCUCUGACACGCCAAGGCAAGACCGCUGUCACAAUCUCCUCAACGCUCUGAACUCCCACAAGGACAGGUUUGUCUCUGGAAAGGAGAUCAAGAAGAAAAAGUGUCUUUUUGGGCUUCAGGUUCGAGCCCCUCCACCGCUGACGUCCGAUUCGUCGCCGCUCAUCACCGACCCACCUAUCAACAUCACGCACCGGAGAAGCCCAUUGUCGCUACCCUGCCAGAGGAGAGUGGGGGGGCCAGAGUCACGUAAAUCAAAGCGUCGCAUCAUGGAGACACAGGCAUGUCCACCCCCAGUAGCUGCCAACCCUAUUGAGCUACUGCCAUGUUGCCAUGGCUACAUGGGUGGGGCCAGCCUGUAUAACUCCAGGAAGUCAGAGGAGGAGCUUAACCUGAGCUCUCCUCCAAAACGGAUGUAUGCCCUAUACCACACCACCUACAAUGGGAACUCAACACUCUCCAGGAGUCUCCAUCACUACAACAGCAUGGAGGACAACUGCAGGUUACCACCAACAUACUUCCCAUACCCCCUCAAUUCCAACAGCAACCAUCACCACAACCACCUCCACCAGCACCAUCACAACCACCAGCACAACCACCAACAUCAACACCAGCUGGGGCAGAAGCAGCUGGAGCCCCUCAUUCUACGUGACUUACCUCCUUAUCAGGCUGGCAUGGGUGCAGGAGGUGGUGUAGGCGGAGGCGGAGGAGGAGGAGGAAAAACCCCCAACUUGGAGUACUCAAAGUGA